AUGCAGCUCAGGACAGUGCUUGACGUCAGUGUUGUGGAUGUGCAGAAGAGGAGGAAUCCCUCCAAACACUAUGUGUAUCUUAUCAACGUGACCUACUCAGACUCCACUUCUCAUGUCAUUUACAGAAGAUACAGCAAAUUCUUUGACCUACAGAUGAGGAUUCUUGACAAAUUUCCUAUUGAAGGUGGACAGAAGGACCCUAAAAAGAGGAUUAUUCCUUUUUUACCAGGUAAGGUCCUGUUUCGUCGAAGUCACAUCCGAGAUGUUGCAGUCAAACGACUGAAGCACUUAGACAACUAUUGCAAAGCUCUGUUGAAGCUCCCCACCCACAUUUCACAAAGUGAAGAGGUUCUGAAGUUCUUUGAGACCAAGUCAGAGGACCUCAACCCUCCCACUGAGGACAGCAGUGGCUCUGGCAGACGCAAAUCGGGUUUGGAUGCUUCGGACCCCAUGCUCCUGGAACAGUACGUGGUAGUGGCCAGUUACGAGAAGCAGGAACCUGCAGAAAUCAGCCUCCAAGCGGGUGAGGUGGUCGACGUCAUCGAGAAGAGCGAGAGUGGCUGGUGGUUUGUCAGCACCUCAGAGGAGCAAGGGUGGGUCCCCGCCACCUACCUCAACUCCCACAGCGGGACACGGGACGACUUGGAGGUUGGCGCCUCAAAAAGCGGGGAAGUCACUAAGCGACACAAGGCCCACCUGAAGAGGCUGGACCGGAGAUGGACGCUGGGGGGUGUCAUCAGCCGGCAGCAGAGCCGAGAAGAAAAAUAUGUCACAGUGCAAGCGUACACCAGCCAAGGGAAAGAUGAAAUCGCAUUUGAGAAAGGAGUGGUUGUGGAAGUGAUUCAGAAGAACCUUGAAGGUUGGUGGUUUAUAAGGUACCAAGAUAAGGAAGGCUGGGCUCCAGCUUCUUAUCUAAAGAAGAUGAAAGAAGACCUCUCCCCCAGAAAAAAUACAGCAACUGGCCCAGUGGAGAUCAUCGGGAACAUCAUGGAGAUCAGUAACCUGCUCAACAAGAAAGCCCCAAGUGAAAAGGACGUAGGUGGCGACAGCGUGCCAGAGAGCCCGCGGGUCGUCCGCAAAGAGAUCAGCUUACCGGUCCUGUGUUCUGAAACGGGUCCUGUCGGCGUGCCUCAAGAAGGGAAGGGCAAAACAGAGCAGGCCUCGCCAGCCGUGGCCCGUAUUGCACCUCACCGCAUCGAAAUCGGUUCCCCAGUUCUCAGGCAAAAACCUCCUCCUCGAAGAGAUGCAACUCUGGGAUUUCCUUUGCCCUCACCACCAGAGCCCCCUACAGUUGAAGCUGAGUAUUACACAAUUGCCGAGUUCCAGUCUUGUAUUUCUGAUGGGAUCAGUUUUAAUGGAGGCCAAAAGGCUGAGGUGAUUGAGAAAAAUUCUGGAGGUUGGUGGUAUGUCCAGAUCGGUGAGCAAGAGGGCUGGGCUCCAUGUUCCUACAUUGACAAACGCAAAAAGCCCAACCUCAAUCGUAGAACCAGCACGCUCUGCCGACCCAAAGUUCCUCCUCCUGCGCCGCCUGUCAAAAAGCAGGACUCGGUGGAGACGGCACCGCCUGAGACUCCCGAGUCCCCAGCGUCUCCCGGGAAGCCCGUGUAUGAAGAGCCGGAGUACGACGUCCCAGCUAUUGGUGACCUUGAUUUAGAGUCUGAGUUUGAGUUCCUGCGUUGCGAAGCUUCCUUGGUGGAUGCCAAAAGUGAGGACACGUCCUCUGAUAAGGGAUCCCAGCGGUCCUCCAAACCCUCCCCGGCGUCAUCUCUCCACAGCGCCUCCUUUAGGAUGUGCGAGUCAUUUGAAGACAGCCAAGAGGCGGAGGCUGAGGAGGAGUGCAUCUACGAGAACGAUGGCUUCCGGCCCUUCAAGGAGCUGCCAGAGCGACAGUUUAGCCGCGAAUCCAGUUCUUCCAAGGCCACCGUUUCUUCUGAAACUGGCAAGACCGCCAACCCCAAAUUGGGAGCAUGGAGAUCUGCGGCUAAUAAGCUCAAGAUCAACUUGAACGGAAGCCAAAUGUCAACCAAAAGCGAGGAGGGGUGUAACGAGUCAUUGUUGGUAGACAAGAAAGAUUCGGAGGAAAGCAAAGCAUCCCCCAACGCCAAAUCUUCCUCCAAACCCAAGCCGGUGGUGAGGCCUAAACCACAGCUAGCUAAGGCGUCCAGUGGGGACAAGAUGGACAUCAGCACGUUGAGAAGACAGCUACGACCCACGGGCCAGCUCAAGAACGGCAGCAAAAGCAAAGGCGAGGAUUCAGAGACGGCCUCUGUUGUCUCCUCCGAGGACUCCUUCUCGUCUCAGAGCACGUCCUCCGAGUUGUCCUCCAUUUACUCCAAAGGCAGCCGUGGGGACUCGGAUGCGGAAGGCUGCGUCCUUUACCGCACCACCGACCCGUACGAGAAAGUCCAGGAGUCAGAACUCAGCUUCCCCGCCGGCGUGGAGGUGCUGGUGCUGGAAAAGCAGGAAAGUGGCUGGUGGUACGUCCGCUGGGAAGACUCCGAGGGCUGGGCCCCGACAUACUUCUUGGAGCCCGUGCGGCAGCGGGAUGAUGCAGCCGGCUCAGAGUCUGAUGGAACGCCGUCCAAACCUGGGAACCUUAGCAAGUCCAACAGCUUGGAGAAGAACGAACAAAGGGUGCAGGCCAUGAACAACAUCAAUCAGAACCUGAAGAAGGUCACGCCCCCCAUCCCCUCCAAACCACCCGGCGGUCUCUCCAAACCCGCGAGCUUGUUUGGGUCACGCAAGCAGAAUGCUAGCAAGCGGCAGCAGGUGGUCAGACCUCAGUCAGUCUUCAUCUCAGCCCCCAUUAGGGAUAAUCCUAGCCCUGUGGGUUCCCUCAGGAGAAACGAGUCCCUGAACUCCGGCGACAACCCUCGGGUCAGCCCCACGGUGCGUCGAAAUGCCUCAUUUGGUACAGUGCCACGUGUACCCGCGCCCAACAACAUCGCCCCAUUCAGUCGGGGUCCCUCAAGCGCCGGUGGCUCGGAAUUCCCUGGUGGCGGCCCUCAGAAAAAUUCCCUCCCCAUGUCCGCCGUAAGGCCCAAGCCGCACAUUAUCCAUAACAACCUCAGAGAGAUCUACGUCUCCAUCGCCGACUACCAUGGCGAUGAGGAGACCAUGGGCUUCCCUGAGGGAACCAGUCUGGAGGUUCUGGAAAGGAACCCCAACGGCUGGUGGUACUGCAAGGUGCUGGACAACGGCAAACCUAGAAAAGGUUGGGUUCCUUCCAAUUACCUCGAGAGGAAGCCUUAG